AUGUCUACCGGAUUGAGUCUAGUGGAUUCGGGGAAUCGUCGACCUCAACGAUCUUGCGUCGGUCUUGGUGUCGAGCGCUUUGCUGAUUCUUCACAUUCUACCGGGAUACAUCAAGCUCUCAGCUCCGGUGAUCACAACACCGCUGCUCCCUACGCCGACCAUCCUAACAACCCCGAUAAUGGUUCUCCACGAUCUGUCGAUGACGGUAUUGCCUCGAGUCCGGAUGACGGUGUCUCUGCGUCUCAGUCCAGUCACCGGGAUGCGACUUCCUCUCCAUCCAGACGAGAUGGUGCGAUGAGUAUUCCUUCUCUAUGCGAGGACGGCAACCAUCAUAGGAGCUCUCCCUCCGACGAGUCCCCGGUCCCUGGCUCUCCACCGCCGAAUGUUUGGGUGCCUCCUCCUGAUGCUAUGCGUGAGACCAUCCAUGUCAACGGCAGUGAUUUGCAUCUUCGUCAGCCACCGUCUCAGAGCAUUCCGCAUCGCUCAUAUGUGGAUGUUGGUGAGGUCGGUUCUGCCAGUGCCAAUCAUUCUGUUCAGACCACAGCCGAGCACUUCGCGAAGCUGGCGUCGCUCUAUCCGCCGUUCGCCAUGCCUGAUCUCAACUUCUAUGGUUAUCAACGGCCGCUGUAUCAUGUCGGACUGCCGGGACCGUCACCCAUUACGUCUGGCAGCAUGAUGACGUAUCCUCCUACCCCAUCAUUUGGCAUCGGUUAUCAUCAACAACAUCGUCUACAACCACCGCAACCAUCAUCGUCACUGCUUGGUCUAAACAAGUCGUCUAACAACACCCCUCCCUGGGACGUUCCGGCGGCGAAUCUUGUGAGACCAACAUCUGCUGGCAAGCCUCAUGCUGAGGUUCGCAAGCGAUCAUCACAUCAUCCAUACCGUCGGCGUCAUCGGAAAAGGUUCUCUCGGUCGCCAUCGUCAAGUCUGUCCGACUCGGGUUCCUCUAUAUCCCGUACGCUGAGUUCUGCCAGCGCAUCUUCCUCUGGUUCUGAGUCUGAGCCUUUUGGCCGUGAUCGUCGACAUUAUAAGAGGCCUCGCUCGAUCGGCAAGUCAGAUCAUCAACGUCGUGUGGGUCAUGGUAAAUGGUGUGGCGCAUGUCACGGAAGUAAAUGUCGUCAGAAGAUCUCUCUAUCUGAUCUCAACACUCUCCACAACAUCGCCAGAAAACGCAAAGGCGCUGACAAGUUCCUGGGUCACAAGGAUCGACGCAGUGGUGCUACGUGGGUUGCCAUCAUCAAGCGUACGAUGAAAGGCUAUCCUGAUGCUGCUGUUUACUUGUGGGCGGAACUAAACUGUGAUGAUUCAGUGUGGCGUGACAUCACAGCCGGCCGCAAAGCUCCUACUAUGUGCCACGCGGACUACUCGGACCACUUAACAAGCCUCUACCGGCGCGUGAAUACUCUCUACAACAAUGAGGAGGUUCGCCUGCGUGCUGAAGAUCAACUACAUAACCUCCAACAAGCUGCCAAUGAGGACGUUGCUAGCCUCCUUGAUCGGGCAGAGACUAUCAGAGUCGAGCUGGUUAAUCUUGGGUCUGAGCCGUCCGAUCGUGAUAUGAAGCGCAAGAUAUUCGACGCGCUUCAUAGCGAGAGACUACGUGAUAGAAUCGACGACUACUUGUCGGAUCAUCGAGUCUCCUUGAGGCGAUUCACCAGGAAGCUGCUGGAGCAAGACUCUCGGCAACGUCAUCGUGAUCGUCGCCAUGCGGCAAGCCGCUCUGGCCCCUCAACUCAGCUCAACGUGGCGAACGCAUCGUGUCUGGUAUCCUCUGGCACGACUGCAUCUGCUCCCCUACCUAUUGGUACGACUACGCCCCCUUCCCUACCCGGCGGUAUGACUACAUCCUCCUUCCUAUCCGGUAAUGCGACUGCCCCAACUCUGGCAAUUCGUACUGGAUCCGAGCAUCCUACGACCCUGCCUCAGCACGUGGUGACAACUCUAUCAGCAGGCCAAUGUCAACCCUCUCGCAAAGGUCCGGGCUCUACAGCUCAGUAUCUCGAUCCGUCUGCGUUGCGUCCGUCCAUCCCGGUCGGGAGCUCGACGGUCGAUCCCAAGCAGUUUACCAUCGAGUUCGUGCGGAGGUUUCGAUGCCAACGAUGCCUGGCACACGACCAUUCCACAAGCAAAUGUGGAACUGAGAAGAUGUUCAUGUCGCAAGUUCGCUGUGACAAAUGUGGGCUCUAUCAUGACGUUGCCCCUAACCCGGUACUCCACUGUGCCAAGGCGAUCUGCCACCGUUGUUCUGCUCCUGGGCAUCUGUGCCGCGCCUGCCCCUCUCCCAAGCCCCAACGUGGUCAGCCCCGUGAGCAGCUCCCAUCCAGUACAGCACAAGUCAACUGUGUCUCCAAGGAACCUACUGCUACAUCGUCACUGAUCACCAUUGGCCUCAAGAUCUCCUUGAGUGAAGACUCUCGUUCUGCCACCGUAUUCUGUCCGGGUCUCCUUGAUACAGGAGCCGAGGCCUUCUUCUUACGGUCUGAUGAGCUAUCGUCAUGGCGUGCUGCCGGUCUACAAUUCCCUAUUCUGCCCGAUGACACUAAGGUCAAAGUUGCCAACGGUGCUUCCGUAUCUACCUUGGGUCGUACUCCUCCGCUGCGUGUUACCUUCGUCACUGGCACCACUAUAUUGGCAUCAUUCCUUGUUCUCGAAGACCUCACUCAUCGUAUCAUACUUCCUACUACAGCUUUGCGACAAGCUGGUGGUGCUAGGUGGGUGAUAGGUGAGACUCCUUCCGAGGAUCGGCUAUUCAUCGGCGGUGGGCACGUCCAACAGCACUUUGUUCCUCUAGCCGCAUCGGGUUCGACGACUUGCCUCCGUAUGGUGCUGGCAAGAGACUCUCCGAGUCCGACUCACAAACGCUCGGUGAAGUUCUCCGUUCUUCAAGAUGAGUCGGAGAAUCUCUGUCACUCGGCUGAUCCCAUCGACCACGAUGUCUCUUCCACAGAGGGUCGCCACUUCCUACCGGUUUCUUACCGACCUGAUCCAUCCGCUCCUGCUGGACGUCCGUAUAUUGGCAUUCCUUGGUGUGACGAUAGGCAUCGUCCUGCGUGGAACUAUCAUCGCGCCUAUGCACGUGACAGAGCUAUUUUUUCGAGACUCACGACAGAGCAACAAGGACUCUACCGUCAGGCCGUAACUGACCUGGUCACCGCGGGGUUCGCUGAAGUGGUCGAGAAUCCAGAGCAGUGUGGAUACUACAUCAACGGCUUACCUGUGUUUCGGCCCGAUAAGGCCACGCAUCGCUGUCGUGUGUGCUUGGAUGCUCGUGAGCUCAACCGGUACAUUGCCAACAUAUCUACCAAGGGAGUGGGUCCGGGAAGUUUGUGGUUCUUCUUGAUAGCUGUCCGCAACUGUGGAUUCUUCCGUGCUGCCGAUCUCCAAACUGCCUUUUUACGGGUCGGAAUCCAAGAUUCUGAUAGCUUUUUCAUAGGAUGUGUAGCAGCAUCUGUGACCAUUCGUUUCCGCCGACUCCCGUUCGGCCUAUCGUGUAGCGGAUUCGGACUCGAAUCUGUCUUACAAGAUCUGCAGUUGCGAUGGAGUCGACAGCUAGCGGCCCGACACUCGCCUUCCAACGGUCUGUACCCUACCACCGACGGUAGUCUCGUCAAGCCCGGUACGCGUCCUCUCGAUACCCCACCUGAGGCCGUUCCGCUCUGCUCCGUCCCCAAAGUUCUGGUCGACAAAGGGUUGGAUUUGGUCAUCUACGUCGACGACCUUGUGAACCGCGGAGAAUGUCCAGCCGACGUCCACAAUCGGUCUCUCUUUUGCUACUCCAAACUCGACGAUGCGGGAAUGCCUGUCCACGAGGUUAAAACCUUCGACAACAUGCAUCCAGCUCCGUCCCAUGAUCCCACCAACAUCAAGGGCUUGCUCGGCUAUCGAUAUGAUCCUGGAUCGGAUUCUCUGUCACUCACGGUUAAACUCGAGCCAACCUACAGCCCGGAGACAUGCACUAGACGUCUACUGGUUGGUGCGGUCAAUUCCUUCUAUGAUCCUCUGAACCUGUUCAUGGAGUUCGCCGCAGUUGGGAGAGGUCUUGCUCGCCUGGCUUCCCAACCCACGAAUACCAAAAGUCCUUCGUGGGAUGCUCCUCUGGACAACAUUCUCGUCAAGAACCUUAACCAGUGGAUCUCUUACAUCCCUCGGGAAUUCUGGAUCCCUCGGUUCGCGGGUCUACAUGAUGGUUUGUAUGCUUUCUCGGACGCAAGCUAUGAUGGGUUCUGCUGUGAUAUUCGCAUGGGCAAGUUCCCCUUCACUAGGAUUGGUGGGAGGUUUGGCCUGUUCUCCUUGGAGUGCGUUCACAAACACUCCAUCGUACAAAAAGAACUGUCCGGUCUUUACUGCACUAUCACACUCCUGGAGCGCCUACUCGAUGUGGCCACAGCCCAUGGUCCUCUGCCACCUUCGUGCGAUAUCUUUACGGACUCCCUCAUAGCCGUCCAUCGACUCAGGUCUACUGCCAACGACAAUAAGUUGGGUAUUUUCGAGCGUCGACGUCUUCGCCGUGUUCGUGAGUUUGUUACCCGAGCUCAAAAGCUGGGUAUCGUUACUCACGUAAGGCAUAUCGCCGGUGCUUACAAUCCGUCAGAUCCCUGCACUCGCCCCUUCCGUGAACCGGUCGAGCUGACGCCCUUGCCGCCAGACCAGAUCAGCAUCGGGGUGUCGUCAUCACUCACUUCAGAUCUCACUUAUCCUCGACAGCUCCCCUCGAGGCCGGCCGAGAAUGAUGGUGACGAUCUAGACCCCGAUCCGUUCCCUCUGAUCGACUAUUCCGACAGCGAGGCCAGUUGUGAGCUCAAUUUGGUGACCACAGUGUCCAGCCCCGAAACUGAUGUUGGUUUCGUCUCCGUUGAAGAGCUUCAGGCCGAUCAGAGUUCCUGCUCAUCCAUACGAACUAUCAAGGAGAAGCUGUCUACAAAGACUGAAGACCCAACACGUCAACGUCUCUCCAACUGGUAUCGCAUCGGUGUCAAUGGCCUAUUGGUACGCAUUCUGAGUGCCAAGAUCAGUGAUGAGGAUUCCCCUGUGGUCGAGAGGAUCGAGCAGGUCUUGGUUGGAUCUGAACCGUUAAAGCACAAGUUGGUCGAGAAGGCGCAUGACGCGUUCCAUCGUGGCGAGGGUGGUACUCUGCGACUGUUAUGCUCUCGAUACUUCUGGAAACGCAUGCGUGCUUACGUCAGGCGCUAUGUUAACCGCUGCGAUGCCUGUGCCAAAGCUAAAGGAGACAGGAUUGCCAGAUGUUCACUCGGCUCGGUUCCGUGGUGUGGGGGCGUUGGGCCCCUCCGUGUUGUUAUGAUCGACUAUAGUGGACCAUAUGAGAAUGGACAAGAUCCAUCCUACGAUCGCUACGCUGUCACUAUCGUUUGCGUCGCCACACGAUAUUGUCGAGGUGUCACUGUCCCUGAUAAGAGCUGUGCUACACUUCUCCUCAAGCUUGCGGCCCUCUUCGACUCUACUGAUUGGCCUUCCUUGAUAUUGGCUAGCGACUCGACGUUCCGAGGCCACCAAUGGACCCAUUUCUGCGCCUCUAACAACGUAAUCUUUAAGGAGCUCCCUGCCAACGCACCGUUCCUAUUAGGAUCUGGUGAGCGGCCGCACAAGGAGGUGAAUGGUUAUAUGAGGGUUAUCCUAGGGAAACUCGGUUCGGGUACCUUGGCUUUAUCAUGGGUCCGUCAUUAUUUUCACGGGCUGAGAGCGUGGAAUCUACUCCCAUUGCCUGGCACCGACAUUGCUCCUCAUGAUCUGGUCUAUUUCACCCGAGGACGUAUCCCAGCGUUAGACCCGAUCGAUGACUCAGCUGCUCACCAAGUCUACCAAGGACUGCCUUCAGUCACGUCUGCUGUAUCGUUGGACAUUCUGACUGAUAUCCAAAAUGUCAAGGUGUCACGCUGGCAACAGUAUCGUCAGGUCUGGCUGGACCUUCGUGAGCGGGUCCGAUCGACAAUGGCUACUAGAGUUCCACCUUUGAACCUCUCUCCGGGUGAUUGGGUCUACGUCUGGGGUCAUCCCAGAACUAAGCUGUCGUUCAGAUGGAAGGGUCCCUUCGAGGUGAUUUCGGCAUCUCCUGGGAGCACGAUCAUUACUGUCAUCGACGAUCGCGGUACAGAGCUUCUUUGUGCGAGAGACAACUGCAAGACUGCUCGCGCAACUGUCGAGAACAGCACGGUUCGUGGCUUUCCUACUGCUGAGGACUCUCCAUCGGUUCGUGAUCUUUCUACUGAUGAGGACUCUCUAGCGCCUCAACAGGAUCACUCUGCUGCCGAGGACUCUACCGCAGCUAACUGUGCCUUCCCCGCUGUUGAAGACUCUCCGUUAGCACACCAAGAUCCUCGUGCCGGCGAAGACCCCGUGACGGCCUCGAGGGAUAAUGUAGUGGGCAUGGGUACUUCACGUCAGCUGACAGUGGCGACUGAUGACGUGAGUUUCAUUGCUGAUCCGACGACUUCAAUGGCUCCUCGGCAUCGCCCGUCUGGUCUCGGAAGUCUCCACAUUGGUAUGGAUGUUGUCGCAUUCUACGUGCCCGUUAACGACACCCUGGGAGACAAUCCUCAAGAUGCUGGUCGAUGGUAUUUUGGCCGAUUGCUCAAUGUAGAUGAGGAAAUACCCAUCAUCGUCAUCGCUCCCUACUGUCGAAGAUCUGAUGGUCUACCCGUGCGCAAUGGCGAAGAGUACUUGGCUACUGAUUCCUAUCUCGACCACACUUCACCGACAGUAAUUGACCUACGCUCUUCUCUAACGGUGGUACGUCGGAUCACUAGGGCUACCCUGAGGAUGAUUGCAGCUGAAGGUGAUCAUGAUGAUUGA